UAUAUCAUUAGCCCUUUCGAUUCAGUUUAUCGGGGGAGGAGGAGAAGUCUCCAGCGCCUUCGUCACCACCCUCACCGCCACUGAUUCCAGAUCUUCAUUUCCGAUUUAGUGGGGAACUUGUCAAAUAUGGGUUCUCAUGGUAAGAGUAGCAGAGAGAGAUACGCGAAGCAGAAGAAGCGGAGAGAUGAAUCCUCCGAGUCUUACUCUUCUGACUCGGACGGUUCAGAUGAUUUGUCCCCGCCCAGGAGUUCCAGGAGGAGAAAAGGCAGCAGUCGUCGACGCCAUUACUCAAGUGAUGAUGAUUCCUCUGAUAGCGAUGGUGGACGGAAGAGUCGGAAGAGAACUUCGUUUAAGAAGCCCUCCGAGGAAGAGAUCAAGGAGUAUAUGGCCAGAAAGGCCCAGAAGAAGGCAUUACGUGCAGCCAAAAAACUGAAGACUCAGUCGGUGUCUGGGUACUCCAAUGAUUCAAACCCGUUUGGGGAUUCUAAUCUCACUGAGACAUUUGUGUGGCGAAAGAAAAUUGAAAAAGAUGUUCAUCAUGGAGUGCCGUUGGAGGAAUUUUCCGUUAAAGCUGAGAAGAGAAGACGGGUGGAAAGGAUGACAGAGGUUGAAAAGGUUAAGAAGAGGAGAGAAGAGAGAGCAGUGGAGAAAGCUCGACACGAGGAAGAAAUGGCACUAUUGGCUAGAGAACGUGCACGAGCUGAGUUUCAAGAUUGGGAGAAGAAGGAGGAUGAGUUCCAUUUCGAUCAAAGCAAGGUGAGGUCAGAAAUCAGAUUGCGUGAAGGACGACUGAAGCCAAUUGACGUCCUCUGUAAGCACCUGGAUGGUUCCGAUGAUAUGGAUAUCGAGCUCAGUGAACCUUACAUGGUUUUCAAGGUAUUUACAAAGAUGAUGCUAGAUGGUAAAACCAUAUUGUGUUCAAGUAUGAUAGAGCUUUUUCACUUCGGUCCUUUAGUGAACAAUGAGAGUAUUGUUGUGACGCCUUUUACUAAAAUUAACGUACUCUUGAUAUGUAUAAUGCAGGGACUCACUGUUAAAGAUAUGGAAGAGCUUCGUGAUGAUAUCAAAAUGUAUCUGGAUUCAGAUCGGGCAACUCCAACACGCGUACAGUAUUGGGAGGCACUUAUUGUGGUAUGCGACUGGGAGUUGGCUGAAGCUCGUAAAAGGGAUGCUUUGGGUCGAGCUAGAGUUAGAGGGGAGGAACCUCCUGCAGAAUUGCUUGCUCAAGAGAGGGGACUACACGCUGGUGUUGAAGCUGACGUGAGGAAACUUCUUGAUGGGAAAACCCACUCGGAGCUUGUGGAACUGCAGUUGGACAUCGAGUCCCAGCUGCGUUCCGGGUCAGCAAAAGUAGUGGAGUAUUGGGAAGCGGUUCUUAAACGCCUCGAUAUAUACAAGGCAAAGGCUUGCUUGAAGGAAAUACACGCUGAGAUGCUGAGGAGACAUUUACAUCGCCUCGAGCAACGUUCAGAGAAUGAAGAAGUUGAUCAUCGCUUAUCACCCGUGGUGGAAGGAAACGAGGAAGAGAUAAACGAUAUGAGUCUUACAGAUGAAGAAGCAUUCUCCCCCGAGCCUAUUGCGGAGGAAGAAGAAGCUGAUAUGGCAGCAGAAGCGGCUGGUUCGUUUUCGCCAGAGCUUAUGCGUGGUGAUGAUCGUGAAGAAGCAAUCGAUCCUGAGGAAGACAAGAAGCUACUGGAACUGAAACGAAUGAUUGUGUUGGAGAAACAAAAGAAACGGAUCGAAGAAGCUAUGGUCUCAAAACCAGCACCUGUGGAAGAUAACUUGGAGUUUAAAGCAAUGAAAGCAAUGGGACCAAUGGAUGAAGGUGAUGCUGUAUUUGGCACUAGUGCUGAAGUGAACCUUGACUCCGAGGUAUACUGGUGGCAUGACAAGUACCGGCCAAGAAAACCGAAGUACUUCAACCGAGUUCACACAGGUUACGAGUGGAAUAAGUAUAACCAAACGCACUAUGAUCACGAUAACCCGCCUCCAAAAACCGUUCAAGGGUACAAGUUUAACAUCUUCUAUCCAGAUUUAGUAGAUAAGAUCAAGGCUCCCACGUACACUAUAGAAAAAGAUGGGACUAGCUCCGAAACUUGUAUGAUCCGGUUUCAUGCUGGUCCGCCUUAUGAAGACAUUGCGUUCCGGAUUGUGAACAAAGAAUGGGAGUAUUCUCACAAGAAAGGUUUUAAGUGCACAUUUGAGCGUGGGAUUUUGCACCUGUACUUCAACUUUAAACGACAUCGGUACAGGCGAUAAACUGAUCGGAGUUUGGCCGAAGAAUACGAUGUUCGCAGUUUAUUAAGCCUUGUCCGUUCAAAAUGGCAAUACAUACUCUUGAUCUUGGGAACCAGAUAUGAAUCAAGAAUAUGUACUAUGCUACACUAUUUUCAUUGAAAACUGAUUAUCAAACAUAACAGAAGAGAGAAAGAGUGGUCUCAAAAUGUUAGGUGUAAUGAUGAUUACUAACAAAAUGUGAUGUUGAUGAUUGGAACAAUUCUGGAGCCGGUGUGAAUCGGUGAGUCCAUUAGUUUAUGUAGAAAAGUGGGUGUA